GCCUUUUAUUUUAAAAGGCGUCAGAACUGUGUUCCAGGCCGGAUUCUCGCAUCAGAAGUCGAUGCGCUAGGCUUGAGUUUCACUUUCUUCUAUCAUCGUGGCAGAGACUUGUCUCCAUCUAAACGUAAUGUAACCGACAGCUUUCGGUAUUUUACACUUAAAUUGCUCUUUGUUCAUGUCGUUAGCGCUAAUUGCUGUUAGCUUGGCUCUUCCAGAAACAGCAGAAAUCUGCCGUUUGGUUAUUAAAAGUGUAGUUUGGAACUAACGGUGAACUGAUAACGGGCGGGGACACAUUUCCCCCAUUUUGUAGUUCGGAGUUUAAAGUGUUGAGUAGCUGCAAUAGAGUUCGUCCUCCGUAGUUGAAAACGGUGUUGUUAAUACUAUGUACCAUCACUUACUGAUGUGACGAUUGACGGCUGGUUUUCCUGCCUGAAUUAGCCUGUGGAGGAGGCGGAGAUGAGCUGCUGCUCUCCCCGCUGUCCGAGACACGAAAUGCGGCUCCGCUCGGCUGGACAGCUGCUGGAGAAAAGUAUUCUGUCGAUGAAGGUAGAAAGUAUGUGUAACUGAUGUGGAUGUGACUUCAGCAGCAUGCAUCAGUGUGAGGACACAGAGGAGGGAGUUCCUCCCUCUGAAAGCUCUCUGUGUGGGGAACAUGACAGCCAGACCAAAGCUCAGAGCCCAGCACAGCAGCACAGACCAGACUCUGCUGGACCUGGACCUAGAUGUGUGUCCUUCAAGAGUGACCAGUCAAUGGAUGAUAUUAUUCAUUUUAAAGGACAACCUCCUGCUGCAAAGAGCCCAGCACAGCAGCACAGACCAGACUCUGCUGGACCUGGACCCAGAUGUGUGUCCUUCAAGAGUGACCAGUCAAUGGAUGAUAUUAUUCAUUUUAAAGGACAACCUCCUGCUGCAAAGAGAGUGGACCAGGACACGUCAGAAGUUCCCAGUCAUCAGUCUGCCCAGCAGCAUCAAACACACCUGGACUCCAUAUUUAUGCUGCUGGAAGAGAAUAUUGUCACUUUUGUGAAGAGUGAGCUGAAGAAGAUGCAGGGCAUUUUGAGUUCAGAUUACCCAGAGAGUCAUCAUGAGGAUGAUGAGGGAUUGGACAGUGAGGAGAAAGAGCUGAGGAAGAGCAGCAGAGAGGCAUUUCUGAAGAUCACACUGCACUUCCUGAGGAUAAUGAAGCAGGAGGCGCUGGCUGACAGUCUGCAGAGUAAAACUCCUGCUCCAAUUUGUCAGCCUAAACUCAAAUCUAAUCUGAAGAAGAAGUUUCAGUGUGUGUUUGAGGGGAUUGCUAAAGCAGGAAACCCAACCUUUCUCAAUCAGAUCUACACAGAGCUCUACAUCACAGAGGGAGGGACUGCAGAAGUCAAUGAUGAACAUGAGGUCAGACAGAUUGAAACAGCAUCCAGGAAACCAGUUAGACCAGAAACAACAAUCAGACAUGAAGACAUCUUUAAAGCCCCACCUGGAAGAGCUCAACCAAUCAGAACAGUGAUGACAAAGGGAGUGGCUGGUAUUGGAAAAACAGUCUUAACACAGAAGUUCACUCUGGACUGGGCUGAAGACAAAGCCAACAAGGACAUACAGUUCACAUUUCCAUUCACUUUCAGAGAGCUGAAUGUGCUGAAAGAGAAAAAGUACAGCUUGGUGGAACUUGUUCAUCACUUCUUUACUGAAACCAAAGAAGCAGGAAUCUGCAGGUUUGAAGAGUUCCAGGUUGCGUUCAUCUUUGACGGUCUGGAUGAGUGUCGACUUCCUCUGGACUUUCACAACAAUGAGAUCCUGACUGAUGUUACAGAGUCCACCUCAGUGGAUGUGCUGCUGACAAACCUCAUCAGGGGGGAACUGCUUCCCUCUGCUCGCCUUUGGAUAACCACACGACCCGCAGCAGCCAAUCAGAUCCCGUCUAAGUGUGUUGACAUGGUGACAGAGGUCAGAGGGUUCACUGACCCACAGAAGGAGGAGUACUUCAGGAAGAAAUUCAGAGAUAAGAAGCAGGCCAGCACCAUCAUCUCCCACAUCAAGACAUCCCGAAGCCUCCACAUCAUGUGCCACAUCCCAGUAUUCUGCUGGAUCACUGCUACAGUUCUGGGGGAUGUGUUGAAAAUCAGAGAGGGUGGAGAGCUGCCCAAGACCCUGACUGAGAUGUACAUCCACUUCCUGGUUGUUCAGUCCAAACUGAAGAACAUCAAGUAUGAUGGAGGAGCUGAGACAGAUCCACACUGGACUCCAGAGAGCAGCAAGAUGAUUGUCUCUCUGGGAAAACUGGCUUUUGAGCAGCUGCAGAAAGGCAACCUGAUCUUCUAUGAAUCAGACCUGGCAGAGUGUGGCAUCGACAUCAGAGCAGCCUCAGUGUACUCAGGGGUGUUCACACAGAUCUUUAAAGAGGAGAUAGGGCUUUACCAUGACAAGGUGUUCUGCUUUGUCCAUCUAAGCGUUCAAGAGUUUCUGGCCGCUCUUCAUGUCCAUCUGACAUUCAUCAACUCUGGAGUCAAUGUGCUGUCAGAAGAUCAAACAAUAUCUCAGAAGUCUGAAACUAAGCAAGAAUCUGCAGAUACACAUCUCUACCAGAGUGCUGUGGACAAGGCCUUACAGAGUCCAAAUGGACACCUGGACUUGUUCCUCCGCUUUCUCUUGGGUCUUUCACUGCAGACCAAUCAGACUCUCCUACAAGGUCUGCUGACACAGACAGGAAGUAGCUCACAGACCAAUCAUGAAACAGCCGAGUACAUCAAGAAGAAGAUUGAGGAGAAUCUGUCUGCAGAGAAAAGCAUCAAUCUGUUCCACUGUCUGAAUGAACUGAAUGAUCAUUCUCUAGUGAAGCAGAUCCAACAGUACCUGAGUUCAGGAAGUCUCGCUACAGAUAAACUCUCUCCUGCUCAGUGGUCAGCUCUGGUCUUCAUCUUACUGUCAUCAAACAAAUAUGCAGAUGUGUUUGACCUGAAGAAAUACCCUGUUUCAGAGGAGACUCUUCUUAGGCUACUGCCAGUGGUCAAAGCCUCCAACAAAGCUCUCCUGAGUGGCUGUAACCUCUCAGAGAGAAGCUGUGCAGCUCUGUCCUCACUUCUCAGCUCCCAGUCCUGUAGUCUGAGAGAGCUGGACUUGAGUAACAACAGCCUGCAUGAUUCAGGAGUGAAGCUACUGUCUGCUGGACUGAAGAGUCCACAAUGUAGACUGGAAACUCUCAGGUCAUGAUUCAUCAACCUGUUCAACAAAUGACUGUUCAAUUUUUAACUAUAUUAGAGGAUAAACAUUAAACCUGUGUACACUUGUCUUUGUUGAUAUGAUUUGUCAAACCAUUGUUACUAUACUUCAGCAGUAGAUAAUUACUUUCCAUGCUGAUUAUUCAUAAUUUCCUUUUGCUUUUGUUGUUGAAUUAUUAAAUACCACAGAUGUUUUCUUCUAUAUUUGGCUAAAAGACAUUGUACCUGGACAAUCAAGUAUUCACAGGGGGUUCAAGUACCAGUUGCAGGCUAAAGAGAAGACUAGUUGCCUUUGUCCAUUGGAUACUUCUAUGAACCACUGUGAAGUCACAUUUUAUGGCAGGAGGCUCCUUGAUUUUGUGUAGUUUAAAAAUGCUACAUGUCUUUAUUCUUUUGGCAAAAGCUUCACAAUUGAUGAAGACAUUUGGAAGUUUUUUUUUUUUUUUUUUUUUUUUUUUUAAACAUUGAGAUCACAAUGACUGGAUGCUCAACUUUCUGGAACAUCCUGAUUCAGUUCAUCGUUUGUUUGGAGAGUUUGUUCUUGUACUUGACUGUACACAGCAAUAUAAUCUCAGCCUGUCUGAC